AUGCGUGAAAACAAUAAAGGUGUUAGUUGGGCACGGUUCUUGGAAAUUUUCUAUGACAAGUACUUUCCACAGUGUGCCCGUGAUAGGAAGGUGUCGGAAUUCAUGGAACUCAAACAGAACAACAUGGCUGUAGCUGAGCAUGAAGCCAAGUUCACUGAAUUGGCUAGGUUUGCACCACAUGUGGUUGACACCGACUAUAAGAAGGCAAGGGAUUUUGAAGGGGGACUCCGGGAUGAUAUUCUAGAAAAGGUAAAUGUUCUCAAACUGGAGACCGAUAUUGAGGUGUUAGACCAGGCCAUAAUAUUAGAAGCUAAUAUAGCCAGGCAAGCUAAACCAACGACAGACUGGAAAGGUGGAGCUUUACCGACUUUAACCUUCACAGGCAAAGAAUUACCGCCCGAGGGCUCUGAUCAUAGCAAGCCAUUAUAUAUCUCUGUGGAGUGUAAGGAAAAAUGGAUACCGGUUGUCCUGGUUGAUACGGGAUCUGCAAUCAAUGUAUGUCCAUCGCGAAUGGCGUAUGUUAUCGGGUUGAAGCUCGCAGAUUUCGCACCAACAACCCAAGUGAUUCGGGGCUAUGAUAACACUAGUCGAGAAGUGAUGGGGACAGUACGGAUCAAAACUCAGGUUAGCCCGGUGUAG